AAGGUGAGUCGCGUGCGCGGCGGCUCCGCGUGGGUGGCGGCUGGUCGACGGUGGACGGGUGCUGAUGUUGUGGAAGGUCUUGACGCGCGUCGGGCAGACGUGCACGCAUGUCGUCUUCAAGAACGGGCUGCUGAGCACGCUCACGCGUUACCGGUUAUUGAAGGACCCACGCCCCCUAGUCGUUGGCAUCGCGUGGGUCGUCGAGUGCGCGGAACAAUGCACGCGCGUCGACGAGAGCAGAUUCUUGAUCAGCCUCGACGGAGUCAACGUUGCCGGCACACAGAAGCGGCGACGAUCCAUGCUCCCUCGACAGUUCCACUCGCUGCAGUCCGCGGAGGCGGACGCAGCCUCGCCCGACAAUGCCAGCCCGAAUUUAGCCUUCGUGCCCCGCGUUACCAGCCCGACGAUGGCGGCGGAUGGCCAGCGGUCUUCCUCACCUUCCGUCGUGGAUACGGACGAGGCGAAUCGUAGCGGCUCGAGCCUGAGCAUGCACCCCUUGGAGAAGGCACGGAGUCGGCGGCUGCAUGGGUCGUGAGCUUGGAUGAAUGAUAAUGACGAUGAUGAUGACGGUACCGGUCGUGGAGACUUUUGCAGAUGUACACUAACCUACACGUUAUCUGGCAUGCACGUAAGUUUAUAGGCGUAUUACUAUUGAACACGGCGCGGGAUUGCGGGGGGUUUUCGUCGAUUUACGGUCAUGAACGAUUCUUUGUUUCACAGCCGCUCGACGGUACAUUCACCCAGUGAUGAUUGUGGUUUAGUACAGGUGCUGUUAAGGGGUUCCCUGCACGUCGUCGAAAGCGUCGCCACAUGUGC